GACGGCAAACCAUAUAUCGUCGCCAACGAGGCCAAUCGCGUUCUUAACACUUCCGAUGAACGCAGCCAGGGGUACACACUGGUGUCGGUGACGACGUUCAAAACUAAAGAAGACGUCGAGUUUUACGAUAAACAGUGUCCUGCGCACAGGAAGUUGCGCGAGUUCGCUGCCCCGAGACGGACGGGGGUCGCGACUCUUCAUUAUGAGAGUGACUUGUAG